UCCAAGCUCCCAUUCCAUUCCAUUCCGCAUUCAGAUCCGUCCCUCCCUCUUCUCUUCUCUCCUCUUCUACCUACAGGCUACAGGCUCCAGCCUACAGCCGCCGCAGCUGCAGGGCUCUCGUGGUAAGCUUGGUUGGUUGAAGAUGCUGGCCAUCUUCCAGAAACAGGUGGCGCACGCGCCGCAGGAGCUCAACAGCCCCCGGAGCGGCGGCGAGUGCAAGCCCAGGAACCCCGACGAGAUCCUCAGGGACUUCCACGCCACGCACCCCGCCAACGCCUUCUCCACCUCCUUCGGGGGCGGGGCCGCGCUCGCCUGCGUCGGCGGCUCCUGCCCCGCCUCCGGCGGCUACCAGCGGAUGUUCUGCGGCCUCGACGACAUCUACUGCGUCUUCCUCGGCAGGCUCGACAACCUCAGUGGCCUCAUCCGCCAGUACGGCCUCUGCAACAAGUCCACCAACGAGGCGCUCCUCGUCAUCGAGGCGUACCGCACCCUCCGCGACCGCGGGCCCUACCCCGCCGACCAGGUCGUCAAGGACCUCGCCGGAUCCUUCGCGUUCGUCGUCUUCGACAACAAGUCCGGCGCCGUCUUCGCAGCCCUGAGCACCGACGGCGGCGUGCCGCUCUACUGGGGCAUCGCGGCGGACGGCUCCGUCGUGAUCUGCGAGGACCGGGACAUCGUCAAGCGCGGCUGCGGCAAGUCGUACGCGCCCUUCCCCGUGGGGUGCAUGUUCCACAGCGAGGGCGGCCUCAAGAGCUUCGAGCACCCCAUGAACCGGCUCAAGGCCAUGCCCCGGGUCGACAGCGAGGGCGUCAUGUGCGGCGCCACCUUCAAGGUCGAUACCUUCACCAAGAUUAACUCCAUGCCACGCGUCGGAAGCGCCACCAACUGGGCCGCCUGGGACGAAGGCAUGGGCAUCUAGAUCAUAUUCGGAGACACUGCUCUUCUGCUCACCAGCCAUGUCAUGUCCCCCUUUCUUAAUCCCAAAUCAGCAGACUAAUCAGAGGCUAGUGCUUCCGUUGGAAGGCCUGGGUCUCUCAUGGCCUCUUUGUUUUAGCUAUAUCUUCCUCUUCCGUCUUCCUCCUCUUGGCAUUGUACAUUUCCCUGUGCUUGUGCUUCUGGACUUGGCUGUUGAGCAUGAUCAAUAAUAAGAGUUUGCUUCAAAUUUGCUCA